AUGGCCAACCUGCAGCAGGAAUACUCUGGGGUCCUUCUGGGGAUCCUGGAGGAACUGGCCAAUAUGCGCCAAUGGCUGACCUUCCAGGAUCUUUGUCGCAUGGUCAGCACCCGUUUUGACCUGGAAAAUCUUGUCGAGCUUCGGAGUUUACUGUUUGCUGCUGCCAGUCAGGACCCCUGUUUCCCAGCUACUCUUUUCAGAGACCGGGUUUCCACCAGAGGCCAGGGGCUAUCCCCCAUAGGCGUCGCUGCUGACAUUGUAACAAUAUUCAAUCUUAUUCAGAUGACCACUGGGGCUCCUGAUGACAGCCAACCAAUGAGAGCCCAAAUGAUCCUCCCCAUUGAUCAUUCCCCCAGCCCCAGCCUUCCUGGAAUCCACCAGCUGAAUAUUUCUGGUCGAGAAAGACCACGUGCCCACUCUGACUCUGGUGGCAGGCCGAUCGAUCAGCACUUGCUGCUUCCAAGAUCUAAUUACUCUGCCCACAAGCGAGGAAGUCUUCCCCCUGAUCCCAUCUCACUUCUGUCCUCCCCUCCAAUCAGGACGAGGGCUGUGUCUUUCAGCCUGCCUCAUACCACACUUUUGUACCCCAGUGGUCAAAUCUACAACGAGGUUAUGGAUAAUAUCUACCUGCCUUUGGAGACAGAAAGCGAGUCUAGUGGAGAUUCUGCGCCCGUAGAAGUGUUCGAAGACGAACAGGGAUCGUCUGUCGACCAGAAGAGAAACAUCUUUAGGAAAGACUUCCAUAACCAGCCGCCUCUAAUACCGCAGGUGACUGUUAACAGUGAGUCUCCCAGUCCCAGCACGGGACAGAAAGGCUUUGACAAUCAGAGCUUCGAAACAAUCCCAAAUCCUUACGCCUCACCAGCAACAGUCCACCAAUCGACAGAGCCACGGGUUAAACAUGAGAGCCUUGAUGACCUACAGGACUCAACUUACUUUGGACCCCGGUCAAUCCCAGAGUGGUCCCCCCGGCACCUACAACCUCCCAGGACCCAAAAACUCCUCUGGAGCAACAAGAGUCACAGUCUAGAGGAUCGGAUAGGCCUGGGGAUUAUUGGAAUGGGAAUGGAAUCACAAGGGGGGCAACCCCCAAGACGAUCAACCCCUGUUAUCAGCAAUUUAGGAGGGUCCCCAGGAGGUGAGAGUGGGGAUAGUGGAUUGCCAGGUGGAAGCGAUGGAGUUAAGGCUCAGGGAACACAGACAGACCCUCCGGACACCCGACGCCUCCGGAGUUUGGUCCACGCUGAUCGUUUCUCUUUCAUGACCUCAUUAGAUGACCCAGAGUUUGGUGAGGAUGACAUCAGUGCUAUCUUUCGCUUCUUAGAUGACAUAAGCAUGUGCGGCUCCACUGGAGUCCUGCACCCCAGUGAUGGACCAGGUGCCAUUAACCAAGACACCCAUGAGGCCAGACGUGGUCGCCUAGGCCAGCUCCAAAGGCUUUUUCACUCCCUUGAAAGCAGCGAUGAUGGGCUCAAGGCCAGUGUCUGCAAGCUGCUGCUACGUAUGAGCCAGAUAGAAAGACAACUUGGGACGCUGAAUGAUGUUAAGGCUGAGAUUUCGCAGGUACUUUCUGCACUGCAGCGGCUGGAUGAAAAGAUCCAGCAGCCUAUCAGCAGUGAUGGACCAGGCAUCGGUGGCCGAUGGCUAGAGCCUCUAAGUGGUGUUUCCUCCUUUAUGAGCCACCCUAUAACUCCUUCUGACUCAUCAGAUCCUCAGCCUCUGUCUGUCUCUGAGCAUCUGUUCCCUGGGAUCAGCACGAGUAGCCUGGACUGGAGCCGGUGGAACGCUGCCGGGGAGCUAACCGAAAGCAACAAAGAUCAGGCUGAUUCAAAAGGGGGGAAAGAAGGGAAGAAGGAUCCAUCUUCUCGUCGCACCUCCAAAACCCAGCUUCAAGAAAAAGGGGUUUCUGAUUCCAAACACCUAAAUGUCUCCAACUCUGCAAGAGACUGGACAGUGUCGUUUUCAAAAAGUAAAGAUGGUAAAGCUACACAUGAGCAGGCAGAUGAAUCAGGCAGCACAGCUCACCUACUCUCCAAAAAACCGUCCAACCUGAUGGAACAAGUGUUUAAUUCGUCCCUGUUCCGCAACAAAGACAGCAGUCUAACAGGAGGACUUGCAUCUGGGAAGGUCUUGGAACCCAGACUGUCUGAGGGAAGGGUGAGGCCCGUAUGGACUGUGGACGACAGAGAGGCACGGAUCUCCUCUUUGGACUUACAGACCCAGGAGUCCCUGAACCCCAACAACAUGGAGUUCUGGAUGGAUGACAUCUACACUCCCGGCUACGAUGCUCUUCUCAGGCGUAAAGAAGCUGACCUCCGCCGGGCAAAGGUCUGCAAGCUGCUUGCACUCAUUCUCACUGCAGUGACUAUCAUUGUCAUCAUCGUCGUACCCAUUUGCACCAUGGGGUCGCGAAGAUUUUGA